UCCGAAUUUGUCAUAAAAUGGCGUCAUUUUGAGCAAUUUUCAUGUAACGAGUUCUUGAACGAAAAGUUGUGAAGGUGCUUGUAAAAGCGCGCGUAUUAUUUGAUUGAAUGUCGGUUGAUUAAUGUUUGUGGUAUUUAAUAUUUAUUCACAAUAAAACAUGUUGGAGGAUUCAGAUUUAAAUGCUAUCGUUUAUAAUAUUAUUAGCGAGAAUCGCUACAGCAAUUGCAGGUUAUGCUUGAACAUUUUACACGAACAUUAUGUCCGUUUCGACGACUUGGUCUCCUUAAACCCUGAAGGUGAUAAUUUUCAACCUUUGGCGACAAUCCUGACUAAACUUCUAGGUGAAAAUAUUUGCGAUGAGAUUACUGGGAUUGAUGCUGUGUGUCCUGACUGUGUUGCGCACGUACUUUCAUCGGUCCGUUUUAUGGAAAAAUGCCAGAAAUCUGAUUAUCUCAUAAACCAAGUUUUCGAAAACCUUACACAGACUCUUAGUGUUGACAUAAACACAAAAGAUAAAAACAAAGCAUUAUAUUUAUUGAUUGAAAACUUGGAGUCCAAAGCACUUUUAGUGAAAAAGAAUAAAGAAAAACAAAAUAUUGAUAAUGUGAAACAUUUGCACAAAUGCCAUGUGUGCCUUGAAUAUUUUGAUACAGUUCAAGAGUUUACAGCACAUAACCUAACUCUACAUGAUACUUACACAUGUGAAAUAUGUUUAGAAACAUUUGAAAAUGACUUUGAGUUAAUAAAUCAUGGAAGUACCUAUCACAGAUACAAAUGUCCAGAAUGCCCCCAGUACCGGAGUACAGUUGUGGGGCUAAAAAACCAUGAAAACAUGAUGCACUCUACAUAUACUUGUAAAGAGUGUGGAAAAACCUGCCAAGGCUUACACAAACUUCAAAUACAUGAAGACAAACACAAGGUGAAGAGUGUUUGUCCUAAAUGUGGUAAAACCUAUACCACAAGAGAGUUUUAUGAAAAACAUGUAGAGUUGUGUCUUAAAGACUUAAUUGAUCCUCACCCAAUAAGGAGUACUAUGGAGAAGGCAUUUACAUGCGAGAAAUGUGAUAAGGCUUACAGCACACCUGGUGGACUCCGAGUGCAUGAACGUUUUGCUCAUGGCAAUGCAAAGCCUCACAUUUGUAAAGAGUGUGGUAAAAUGUUUACUGCUCCUAGUUAUUUGAAGGUGCACAUGGUAAAACAUACAGGAGAAAAGAAUUUUAAAUGUGAAAUAUGUACCAACCGGUUUGUUUCCAAAGAGGCUCUUUUGUAUCAUACUAGACGACACACUGGUGAAAAACCGUACAGUUGCAAGAUAUGCAAUGAAAAAUUUGUGAAUGCCUCAGCUAGAGCCGAACAUAUAAAGUUCAAACAUGUAGGUCCUACUUUAAUGUGCGAGAUAUGUUCACGGAAAUUUGUAACUACACAUUUUUUGAAACAACACAUAAGUAGGCAUCAUGACCCAACUAGCAAAUUGUAUUAUGGAAGAAAUAUGAUACCACCCAACUUGCCUGUUGAACAAAACAUGAGGAGAUUUAUAAUUGAGCCUUGAUAAGACUUGUGAUAUGUUUUAAACAUCUCUUGUAAAUUUAAUUUUAUAAAUUUAAUAAUUAAUAAAAAAAUCUUUCACCUCAAUGCACUUCAGAGCUUAAGCUA